GUACUGAGAAAUUACCAGACAAAAAACACCAACAAAACGAACAAGGCAGAAUCAGAGCAACUACAUUAAUUUAGUAUUUAGUCCCCCUAGAACUUUCCCCCAAAUUCCCAGGGUCUUAAUGGGCCAGUACCAGCAUUCCGAAAGGUGAUUGCCCGAAAUUAGCACCUACAGAAGAGGGCUGAUUUUCAGAUGGCCAAAUCUGAACCUCAGGAAAGAAACUAUGACAACAUGGUAAAAAUGCUGGAGGACCUGAACAGGGACUUAGAAAAACUGCUAGAAGAAAUGGAAAAACUAUCAGUGCAGGCAACCUGGAUGGCAUAUGAUAUGGUGGUUAUGCGUACCAACCCAGACUUAGCAAACUCCAUGAGGCAACUGGAAGAUGCAUUCUUGAACUGCAAAGAAGAGAUGGAGAAGAAUUGGAAAGAGAUGCUGAAGGAAACAAAAGGCAAUGAACAAAAACAAGAAUAAACAGCCUUCAACUCUGUUAAUGAAAUUGCAACAGAUAAAUCAUUCCAGACUCAUUAUUUCAGUCAUGAAAUAUCUGCAGAUGUCAUACAAAUUGUUGAUUAACUGUUAUUGAUGUGGCUAUACAAAUGUAUUCUGCCAAAUACAUGUAUUAUUGAAACCAAAAGUAAUGAUGCCUCUGUUUUUAUCUAUCCUUUUCCUAUAAUUUAGGCACAGUUAUAAUUAUAUAAUGAUAUUGAUAAAUAAAGCUAUUCCAUUUUCCCAAA